CUGUUUUGAUUUUUGUUUCUCCUCCUUCCGAGAAAAAAAAUGCAGAUUCAGGUGAAGUGCAGCUGCGGUGAAGGGAAAUGCCCUGAGUGGGCCAUCAUAGAGCUGCAGGGCGUCGUCGAAGCUCAGCCGUCCGUCGAGAAUCGGAUACAAAACCUAGAGAUUGGACGGCUCUGCCACUCUUCCUCUCAGGGGAACUUCACUUUCACCGUUGGAUACCAUGAAUUAUCAGGGACGAAAAUACCCCUGAAGAAGCCACUCUUAGUACUGAAGAAAAAGAAAGUCGUUGAGGAAGAUGAGCCCAAUCCUCGUGUUUCUUCAAGGGCAGAAUUGGAAAUUAUUGGAAUAAUUCGGCAGCGGAUUUUGUUCAAGACAAGGCCUAAGGCUCUCAUCUCCAGACCGCAGAUCAAGGAAAAGAAGGCCGUUGGGUCGAAUCGAACGGUCGAUUAGUUGAAUGGAAAGGCUUUGAUUAUCCAAGAAAUUGCAUGGGAUUGAAAGAAGGGAAAUGCAGUUUUUCUGUAGCUGUUCUUGUUUUAAGUUGGCAAAAUGCUAUAUUUUCUUUGAUAAUCUAACCAUUGAAGGGCUACAAAAAGGGUUCUAGAGCUAA